CCAUGGCCUCCAAGGCUAAUGGAAAUGCGGACCCUCACGCCCACAACGACGGAUCUUCCACGCGCGCAUACACCAAGAAAGCCGUAGCCAGCGACGGAGAGAUCAAGAAGGCGUACAGGAAGCUGAGUCUGUUGACGCACCCGGAUAAGAAUGGAUACGCGGGCGCAGACGAGGCCUUCAAGAAGGUCUCACGAGCCUUCCAAAUAUUAUCUGACCCGGAUAAGAAGUCAAAGUAUGACAAGUUCGGCGGCGAUCCUGAAUCUCGCUUCUCGGGAGCCUCUGCCUCUGGAGCCUCACCGUUCUCUGGAUUUGCAUCACAACGCGCUCCAAGAGGUGGAGGUGGCUCCAUGUUCGAGGAAGAGAUAAGCCCGGAAGAGCUGUUCAGACAGUUCUUCGGAGGUGGCAUGGGAGGAGGUGCAUUUGGCGGGCCAUUCGGCGGGUUCGGCGGCGGCGGAAACGGCUUCGUCUUCAACAUGGGCGGCGGUGGCCCCGGUGUGAGAGUACAUCAAAUGGGCGGCGGCGCGCCUC